GUUUAAAAAUACAGAUUUAUGACCAGUUAUUUAAGUUUCCAAGAACACAGGUCAUUUACUUUUAUUGGCUUGUUCACUGCUUUGGAGGUUAGACUAGGCUAUGAUUUCCUGUCUCAAGGACAGAUGGCUUUGAUUGUCCCAGUUAAUUAUUAGCUUUUUUGUUUUUACUGUAAGAGCUGUUUUCUUCUAAAUUGUACAUUUCUAUGUGCAAAGGGACAUACCCUUCUGGUUUCUGUGGUUUAUAGUUUUGUCAUGGUGUUGUUGGAGCACUGCCUUCCGUGGCAGGUGUCUGGAGUGGAAAGUACCCUACAUCAGGGAUUAUCAACUAGAUUCAGUCACAGUCUGUUUCUGUUUUUUUCUUGAGUGGAUGGUCAGGGGGCCGGAAAAUAAGUACAAAUAAUUUGUGCACUAGAUUCUACUCUGCUGAAAUAGUAUGUGCAUUACAGUAUUUGCAUUCUAAAGGUAUAAUUCACAGAAAUUGUGGGCUCUAUUUUCAGCUGGCGCUAAGGAGUUGCAAGUGUCAAAAGCAUGUUAGUAUGAUGCCGUUCCUAUUCUGUCCAGCAUCAUCCUGUGUUCCUCCCCUCCUCCUUCUAUGGUAAGAAUCACCUGGACUCCAGUUUGUUCCUCCAUCUAAGAAUGGAGGGCCCUCAAGCCUCCCCAAAGCUUGUAAAGCAGCCAGAGGACUUCACAUUUGGUCGAAUUCUUGGAGAAGGCUCCUAUUCAACAGUUGUGCUGGCAAGAGAACAGGCCACAGGGAAGGAAUAUGCUAUGAAGAUUCUGGAGAAGAUGCACAUCCGGAAGGAGAACAAGGCACAUUGCGUGACGCGAGAGAGGGAUAUCAUGUCAAGCUUAGACCAUCCAUUUAUCGUCAAGCUCUACUUCACAUUUCAAGAUGUGAAAAGGUUGUAUUUUGGCAUAAGCUAUGCAAGAAAUGGGGAAUUACUGAAAUACAUUCGCAAAAUAGGCUCCUUCGAUGAGACGUGCACUAGAUUCUACUCUGCUGAAAUAGUAUGUGCAUUACAGUAUUUGCAUUCUAAAGGCAUAAUUCACAGGGACCUCAAACCAGAGAAUAUUUUACUGAAUGAGGACAUGCACAUUCAAAUAACAGACUUUGGAACUGCAAAACAACUCUCAUCAGAUGGUACACAAAACAGAGCAAACUCCUUUGUCGGAACAGCUGAGUAUGUUUCUCCAGAACUACUGACUCAGAAAUCUGCCUGCAAAAGCUCUGACCUUUGGGGUUUAGGCUGUAUCAUCUACCAGUUGGUAGCAGGAUUACCUCCAUUUAGAGCCGGGAAUGACUACCUGAAAUUCCAGAAGAUUAUUAAACUGGAGUAUGAAUUUCCUGAUAAAUUCUUUCCUAAUGCGAAGGAUCUAGUGGAACAUCUUCUAUGCUUGGAUCCCUCCAACCGAUUAGGUUGUGAGGAGAUGGGUGGGUACAACCCUCUCAGAGCCCAUUUUUUCUUUAAGACUGUCACAUGGGAGAACCUUCACCUACAGACACCCCCCAAACUCACCCCCUACCUGCCAGCCAUGGCUGAGGAUGAUGAGGACUAUUAUGGAAACUAUGAUGACCUCCUCAGCCAGUUCAGCAACAUGCAGGUUGUCCAUUCCCGCUCCUUUCAACCACUGUUUGUGGCCAACCCCAGUCCCAUCCCCAACCCUGCACAAAGGCCCAACAGCAACAUUGAGCAGUACAUUCAUGACCUGGACAACAACUCUUUUGAGCUGGAUCUGCAGUUUUCCACUGAGGUGAAGCGGCUACUGCUUGAGAAGCAGACAAGCAGAAACCCCUGGAAUCAGUUUGUGGAGAAUAAUUUGAUCCUCAAGAUGGGACCAGUGGACAAAAGGAAGGGGCUGUUUGCACGUCGGCGCCAGCUAUUGUUGACUGAGGGACCACACCUUUACUAUGUGGACCCAGUUAACAAGGUUUUGAAAGGAGAGAUCCCCUGGUCCCCCGCACUGCGCCCAGAGGCCAAGAACUUCAAGACCUUCUUUGUCCAUACACCUAACAGAACAUACUAUCUGAUGGACCCGUGUGGGAAUGCUGACAAAUGGUGCAACAAAAUUCAAGAAGUGUGUCAAAAAAUCUAUAACAAGCAUUUUAACUCGUGCAUGUAGGUUGGGUACACUAUCUUUUGAAGACAGGUCUUACUUACCCUGUAAUGACAGGAGACAGAAAAUGAAGGCGUUAAUUCAUAAAUGAUGGAAAACACCUAGCUGUAAUGUAGCUUACAAGUCGUAUUCCCUAUUACUCCACACAUUUAAUUUAUUGUAGGGCAGCAGGUUCAGGGCAUGUUCCAUUGUAAUGCAGAAUUUGAUACAUUCAGCUGGAUCUAAAGCCAUUCUGGUAUAGAAAGGACCUAUUAUUUAAGAAAGUAGAAUGGCUAUUGCAACUAUUCUAACUGACGAUUUCUUAGGAUGGUCUCAUUUCUGACAUGGUGGCCUUGGUUUUCCUAAGCUAUUUUUCUUCUAUAGCAGAGAAUAAACUUUGGUCAAACCACAUGGGCUGGUGCUGCUUUAGAAAUUAGGAGUUGACAUGGAUGUUGGUUGAACAGUUCAUCCAAAUUGCAGAGGAGGAUGUUGAAGCCUGUUUUUGACUGUUCUCAUUUCUGGGAGAAGUUGAUUGUAAAUGUUAGACAGAUAUUUUGUUAGUCUAUUCUACCGACCAUUGCUGUGAUGUACAAAGUGGGAUGCAAGUAAAGUGUAAGAUGUAUAUUUUGUAUUUGUUUUAUCCUUUGCUGAUUAAUCCUCAUGCUAUCCAAACUGUUCAAAUACAGCAAUAAUUUGGAUUAAUGACCUGACUCCAUGUUUACAUAAUUUAAAUGUAAAUCAAUUGAAUGUAAAUAGUUGAUAAUGGUAGAUUAUGAUAUUUUGCUACCUUUCAUUGUAAUCUAUAUUUUAUUUAUGGAUGGUGACAUUGUUAUUUUUACAUAAAUAGAUGUGGGCCUAUUUUUUUGUGUGCAAGUUUCAAAUUGUUAAUUGGAAGAAUGCAGCAUAUAUAUAAGGUGGCUUGGUAAUAAAAGCAUGUGGGAUUUUGACAAA